AUGGCGAAGUGGACCAUGAGCUUGGAGUCUCCAACAUGGAAAUACACGACUGACAACACAACGGCUGUCCCUAAAGAGCUCGCUGUCGAGGAUGGUUAUGUGCUGCUCCUCGUCCUGGUGUCUGUCUUCAUCGGUGGCACGUUAGUCCUUCUCUCCGGCAUCCUCAUCCUCUGCCGACGAUGUUGUGAGACCAACCGCAGAUACUCCAGGGCAACCGAUGACCCAGAGAAAACCAACACUACAUACCUGGAGGAGACUCAACCCCAACAUGAGAUCACCAUUAAGAUUGAUGACACCGAGUGUCUGUCCACGGGCAGCUGUGCCGACACCGACACCGACACCCAGCGCUUCCUCUCCACCUCCUCCACUGGCCGCAGGGUUUCCUUCAAUGAGGCCUCGCUGUUCGACCACGGCAAGAAACCACAGGAGAAAGGACGCAGGUACACGCUGACCGAGGGGGAUUUUCACCACCUGAAGAACGCCCGGCUGACUCACCUCCACGUUCCGACGCCUGCGCUGAAGAUCAUCACCAUCCACGAGUGCGAGUCGGGCUCCGCCAUGGUGCCCGGCGCCUCCAAAAGCCACCUGUCCAUCUUCCAGCCCAGCAUCGCCCCCCUGCCCCAGACUGCACUGACCAGCCACGUGGGCAGCCCGGGCUCCCCUUUACCCGGGGACACUUUCAACUCACCGGCCGACACGGCUUUUAUUGACGUGAAAACCUCGGCAGCUACCGACCCCGGAGACAGCGAUGUGAUUGAGGUGAUGUCCGGGAGUGGUCAAGGGGGAGUCGGGGCGGAGGUUGGGGCUGUUGCCCCCCAGGGCACAGUGCUUCACUUCUUCAGUAAGCUGAGGAGACACGCCAGCCUGGAGAGCGCCAGCCCUUACUUCAGGAUCAAGAAAUGGAAAUUCGAGACUAGCCAGAGAGCACUGAGCCUCGACACCCGAGGUUCCCCAAAGAGGCAUCAGUUCCAGCGGCAGCGAGCUGCCAGUGAGAGCAUGGAUCAGGAAGACCGUGACCCACAUCAGACAGAUAUUAUUCAGUACAUCGCCCAUACCGAUGAUGUCUCCUCCGUCACGCCUCCGGCUGCCUUCUCCCAGGCUCCCUCCAGCCCGCCUCCAUCUCUUGGCAGCGGCGACCAGCAGCAGAGCUACCGGGACAUCUGGAGCCUCCGGGCCUCGCUCGAGCUGUACAUCGCGGCCGACAGCAACGGCGGCGGCGACAGCAGCAGCAGCGCGGGCUCGGGGGCCUCGGGGGCCUCGGGGCCCGGUCCGCCUCCGGGCCCGGAGGAGAGCGGCGGCGGCGGCGGGACCGGGCGGGGCAGCGGCGAGGCGGAGCCGGGCAGCAGGAAGCUCCUGCAGAUGGACAGCGGCUACGCGUCGAUCGAGGCGCCGAGCCGACUGCCGGAGGAGCGGGGAGGAGGAGGAGGAGGGGCCCCGGCGGCCGGGCCCGAGCCCGAGGCCGCUGACGACGACGACGAGGCCUACGGGGAGGCCGAGGGCCCGACGGCCUCGGAGAAGCGCCGCUCCUUCACCAGCUCCGGCCGCAAGGGCACCGUCUGCGAGACGUUCGAGGCGCGGCUGGUGAGCGAGGGGCGGGCGGGCGGCGCGCAGCCGGAGAGCGAGGCCGAGGCGCUGCCCGGGGCCUGGUCGCUGUACGGGCAGAUGUUCGGGGGGGCGGUGGGGGGCGGCGGGGACUUCACUCACCGCCGCGACUACAGCAUCGACGAGAAGACGGACGCGCUGUUCCACCAGUUCGUGCGCCACGACCCGCGCUUCGCCGACUCGCCGCUCAGGCCCAAGCACCGCUCUCGCGUACACCUGCGCAAGCAGUGGCAGAGGAGCCGGCAGCUCAGCUACCCGCCCGCCCCCGGGGCCGGGGCCGGGGCCGCCACCAGCGCCGCCGCCGCCGCCGAGCGACACCGCGCCCCGCUCCGCCGCGGGGACAGCGUCGGCUGCUGCCCGGCCCGGGACCAGGCCUCGGUGGAAGCCUCGGGCUCGCCCGAGGCCCUGCCCGGCCCGGAGCGCCUCGUCCCCGGGGAGGAGGGGAUCCACCGGAUCGAGGAGGAGGAGGUGGCGGUGGUGGCGGCGGUCGAGGCCGAGGCCGAGGCCGAGCCCCCCGGCUGCCCGGCCCUGAGCAAGCUGGCGGCCGGGGUGGGGGAGAGGCUGUACCCCGGCCUGAGGCGCGCUCAGGCGGCUCCGGCUCACACCGUGACCGCGGCCACCCGCUGCUCCCCGGACCACAGCCCCGUCUAG